AUGACGUUCCUAUCAGAAUUCCUUUCCUUCUUCUCGUUGGAGGCAUUGGACACGCGGUUGUUGCCCAAUGAGCAGAAGAAGCAAGCUGUCCAAAAGAGAUCGAAUCCAGUGUCAAAAUGGCACACCUUGGAAUUCAAGUUUUACAUGUUGGUGUUUGCUAUCACGGUGCCAUUGAUGUACAAAACAGCCAUGGAUGCUUCCAAUGAGACAAACCCUAACUACCCCCGUUUCCAGCAUCUCCUCAGCGAUGGCUGGUUGUUUGGUAGGAAGGUUGAUAACUCAGAUCAACAAUAUGCAUUCUUCAGAAACAACUUUGGCGUGUUAGCAGCAUUCAUUGUGAUCCACUGGUCGUUGAGACGACUUAUAGGUAAGUUCUUUCAGGUGACCAAGAGAACUUACUACGAUUUCGGGUUCGGGGUAUUUUUCUUAUUCGCAAUCCAUGGUUUCAAUACACCCAAAUUGCUUAUUCAUAUUGCCAUCAACUAUUCGAUAACCCAUUUCAUCAAAAACCAUCGGGCAGCAAUUGCGGUAACCUGGGUAUAUGGUUUGCUGACCUUGUUUGUCAAUGACUGGUACUGGGACUAUCCAACGGGGAUAAGCAUUAUUGAUCAUGGUUUCAAGGGAAUCGUGGAGAGAUGGGACGUCUUUUAUAACUUCACAUUACUCAGAAUGAUGUCAUUUAACAUGGACUAUUUGGAGAGAGCCAAAGAGAUCGAGAAUGCAAAAGUCUCUCUUGAUAAAGAUGAAACCAAGUUAUCGACCCUUUCAUAUCUCGAUGAUAGACAAAGGUUAACCGCUCCUCUACCAAUUGUCGAUUACAAUUGGGUGAACUACUUUGCCUACCUCACAUAUACCCCACUUUUCAUUGCAGGUCCCAUUGUGACAUUUAAUGAUUUUAUUUACCAGUCCAACUAUCAAUCGUUGCCAUCAGUCAAAGAUUACACCAGAACUUUCCGUUACUUCUUAAGAUUGGUGUUUUGUGUAUUGGUCAUGGAAUUCUUGCUUCACUUCAUGUACGUGGUUGCGGUGUCAAAAACUAAGGCCUGGGAAGGAGAUACACCAUUCCAAAUCUCUAUGUUGGGAAUGUUCAACUUGAAUAUCAUUUGGCUCAAAUUAUUGAUUCCGUGGAGAUUAUUCCGGUUCUGGAGUCUUUUGGAUGGGAUAGAUCCACCAGAGAAUAUGAUCAGGUGUAUGGAUAACAACUAUUCGGCACUUGCAUUCUGGAGAGCUUGGCACAGAUCCUUCAACAGAUGGGUUAUCAGAUACAUCUACAUCCCAAUGGGAGGCGGAGGAAAGUACAGAAUCAUCAACAGUCUUCUUGUGUUUAGUUUUGUGGCUAUUUGGCAUGACAUCGAGUUGAAACUCUUGAUGUGGGGCUGGCUCGUGGUAGUGUUCUUGAUUCCCGAAAUUUCUGCCACCAUCUACUUCAAGAGGUUCGAACACGAGUGGUGGUUCAGGCAUUUGUGUGCAGUGGGUGCGGUAGUGAACAUUUGGAUGAUGAUGAUAGCAAACUUAUACGGCUUUUGUCUUGGAAACGAUGGCACCCUUGCGCUUCUUCGGGAAAUGUUCAAUACCGUCAGUGGCAUUGAGUUUUUCAUAUUCUCUUCGGGAGCUCUCUUUGUGGGUGCCCAGGUGAUGUUUGAGUUGAGAGAGGCCGAGAAGAGGAAGGGUAUCGACGUGAGGUGUUGA